AACUGGAUUCCAAGGGAUCUGAGCAUGCCCAACCUCUAUACUGUCAGAAGGCACAGGCAGAGGAGUAAGGAUGGCAUCCAGAAUGGAUGAGCAGAUGGCAGCACACGCCACCCCUUCUCCGGAGAGAGCCUUGGCAGCAGAAUCCAAAAGCCCUUCCAGGAUAUUUUGGGGUGUCCUUUCUGUCAUUUUGACCUGUGGAAUUAUCUGCAUCACUGUGGUAGCAACUCUCGGCUUUACUCAAGCAUCUCCCAAGCCUCUUUUGCAGGUUGUCCGGUUAAACUUCCACAACCACCCGGGAUCCCGGAUGAACCAGUUGGCCUUUGUGAAUAAGUCAAAGAACACCGUUACUUACUACGUCACCUCACCAAGCAACCAAACGACAUCAGUCUUGUUUGACAACAAGAAUGGCUACGUCUGCUACAAGCCCUUGGAGCAAAACAGUUGUUACCUGAGGAUGAUGGACGCCCGAGACCGUGACACUGUACAGAUGUCUUUCAACCUGUCAGAACACAGGGUGGAUCAGCUGCCGCUUCCCAACAACAAGACCCAGUACUACCGCGAGUUCCUGGGGAUUGUGCCAGGGAGGCAGGUGCAGCCGGAGGAGGCUGGUGAGGCUGUCGGGUCCAUGUGUGAGCAGGUGCCCAUCUACUGGGUCAAGAAAAAAGACGGUCCUCUGAAGCAGCGGCUCAUCUACCUGUGCAUUGACAUCUGCUUCCCGAGCAACAUCUGCGUCUCCAUCUGUUUCUACUACCUUCCUGAGUGAACAGCCUGGGUGCCUCUUGCACCUUUGCUGUCUCAAAGUCUGCUCGAAGCAGCUCCCUCCACAAAGCCCGCUGCCUCGUAAUUCAGGGCUCAGGAUUGGGAUAAAAACGCUAUAACAACCUUAACUUCCCCACAGCCUGCUGCCCUCCAGAUGUUUUGAACUUCAGCCCCCAUCAACACAGCACAGCUGUAUAAUGCUAGGGCUGAUGGGAUGGGAGUUGUAGUCUAACAAACAGCUGAAGGGCACCAGGUUGGGGAAGGCUAAACUGCAGCAACACACAGUCAUGAUGUAGUGUAUAUAGAUAUACACACUUUAUUUACAAAGAGUGCCACCUUUCAACUAUAAACUUGUAAAUAAUUGUCUUUUGGAAAGAAGUAGCUGCAUGGUGUAGAUUAACAUCCAGUUAAAGUGAGUCAUAUAUACAUUUUGUAAAAACUUUACAAAAAAAACAACCACCAAUUUUGUAUGAGAGUAGAUACCCCAUGUGUGUGAGAGAGAUAUUAAGUAAAAGCACAAAUGAGGAAAUGAGCAUCUCCAGACAUUGUGUGUCUAAGGGGAUGGAGAGAGAAAAAACGGGGGUCGGUAACUCCUGUUUUCACAAGGCUUUGCAAACAUCUUUGCACUUUUCAGGAAGCGCCUCCCUCCUGGAGACCUGGAGCGCCUUCACAGUCUGUGGACCCAGACUCUUUUGAGGGAGGGGUGUUUGCUUUUCUUUUGCAAAAGGAAGCCCAAGACUUUGCUAGAUCAAAGUUGGUAAACCAGCCUUCCCCAACCUAGUGCCCUCCAGCUGUUUUGGACUACAGCUCCCAUCGGCCCUUCCCUAGGAUGCUGGGGCAGUCCAAAACAUCUGGAGGGCACCAGAUUGGGGAAAGCUGGUUUAAAGGCACUUCAGGGCCCAGAAC